AUGGAAGCAUGUCAAGCCGUUGAGGCUGAUAUUGAAAAACUACUGGCCAAAUAUAAUAAAUAUGGACCAAAAUGGCAAUUCCAAUUGCAUAGAUUUAUUUCUACCCUUGAACGGUAUAAAAGAGAAAUUGAAAGUCAAAGUUCUGAAGUAGACAAAUGUGGACUAUCUUCAACAAUUUUACAAAUGAAAUUAGCUAUAAAAGACAUAUCAAAUGAACAUCGACGCUGGCAUAGUGAUGUUUCAAGAGUUGGAAAAACUAUUGAUAAAAACUUUAUUGCUAACUAUACUGAAGCCAGUAAUAAAAAAGUGUUUAAAACUGAUUGUGAAAAAGAAAUAUUAAACAAAAUAAUUUGUGUGCAUUUGUACAGGGAUUCUAAAUGGGAAGUUGCUGAAGAAUUUUUAAAAGAAGCUGGUAUAACGGUUGAUGAAAAACAUAAACAGCGUUAUUUAAAUUUAAAUCACAUUGUUGAUAGUUUAAGGCGCAAAGACCCUGUGCCAGCUUUUCAAUGGGUACUUCAUAAUAAAGCUCAACUGGAUGCCAAAAAAUCAGAUCUAGAAUUUAAAUUACAUCAAAUUGUGUUUUUAGAUAUCCUCAAUCGUGGUGAACAGUAUGAAGCUGUUGUCUAUGCUCGUACAAAUUUCUGUCGUUUUGUUGAUAAACAAAAGGAAAUACAAUCUACAAUGGGAAUGUUAUUAUUUCCACCUAAUGUUGCUCAAAUGCGUACUGAGGUUAUAGAUCUGUUCAUUAAAGAUUCAUGUUUUGGUGAUGAUAUGUUAAGUGUAUGUGUGAAUGUGGGUUGUUCAGCUUUGCCAGCUUUAUUAGAUAUUAAGCAAGUAAUUUGUCGUGAUGUUGGAGGAGUUUGGAAUGAAAAUGACGAAUUACCAAUCAAAAUUGACACUGGUUAUUCAUAUCAUUCCGUAUUUGCUUGUCCAAUAUUAAGAACAAGAAGUGGUACAUCUAACCCACCUAUGAUGUUAGUUUGUGGCCAUGUAAUUUCAAAAGAUGCACUCAAUAAAUUGGAAAGGUCAAGUAGAUUGAAGUGUCCAUAUUGUCCUAAAGAACAACUUCCAUCAGAAGCCAAAACUAUAACUUUUUAA